GACAACGCACGCUUGCACUUGCCAUAAGCACUCAAGUCCUUAGCUAGCUUAACCCAUCUCCACUACCAUUACUAGAAACCCAUCCAGUAAAACUCUAUAAAUAGAAACCCUCCUUGGAUCUCUUCUUUCCUCAUAUACACUCUUACACACCGCGUUAUCUACUACACAAUUGCAACUCAUCUCUCUCCCUUUCUAUUGCCUUUCUAUACAUAGAAACUAGUUGCAACAUACUGUAACUGUAAUGGCUAAGUUGAGCUUCUCCUUAUGCUUCUUGUUGUUUCUUCUGCUAACAUCAGUCGCCAUGGGAAGCCGUCCUCUUGAGCGGGCUCCAGUAGGGGUGAAGGUGAGAGGUCUAAACCAUUCUAUUAAGGCUAAGAGCGCGACUGCACUGGAUGGUCAAGCUUUAGGUAGCAGCAACAGCAGCCAUGGAAAAACUCCAGAGCGGUUAAGCCCUGGAGGACCCGACCCGCAACAUCAUUAGUUAUUUAGGAUUUCCUUUAUAAUCAAGUGAGUUGUUCUCAAUUUCUUUGAGAUUUGUAUUUCUUAUCAAUAAUUUGGUUGCAAUGAAUCUGUUUUUUUCUUUUGUAAUAGAAUUAUGAA